CUUUUCCUUAACUAUUGUCUUCAGUUUUUACAUCUCAUAACAUGACGAGCACUUUGGAAUACAAUGGAAGUCAUCAUUAUCGAAAAGGAAAACCAUUCUACAAAAGUUGCAAUUAUGAAGAGGCUCUAAAACAUUUUGAGAAAGCUAUUGUUUGUAAUAAUCUUUCUACAGGUGAUGCUACCAAGGCACGAUACUGUAUUCGCGUGAUGCACUUGAAUGGUUAUGGAACUUGUGUUGGUUUUAAGGAAGCUCUGGGUUGGUUCAAGGAAAAGGCAAAUAAUGGCCGUCUAGAUGCCCUUUAUGAAUUGGGUUCGCUUUACAUGAAGGGAAAAUGUGUUCAAAAACAAAUAGAAUUGGGCCACAAGUACGUGUUAAAAGCCGCUAAAGAAGGAAACAUAGAUGCGCAGUUGUUCUUAGGCUCUUUUUAUCAAAAGUAUAGUGUUCACCGCGAUUUUCAAAAGUCCUUAUAUUGGCUUAAACAAGCUACAGUUGUCGACAACAGAGACACUGUUGAACGUAUUAAAUGCUAUAAAGCACACUAUUUGAUCGGACUUGUUUAUAAACGCGGACUUGGUGUUCCCGUCGAUCUUAAGUUGGCUUUGAGUUAUUUUGAAAUUUCUUCAGAUGGUGAUUAUGGAAUAGGUACACUGGAAAAAGGUCUGAUAAACUACUUCAGCGGAACAUUUGGCCCAAAACAAGAAGAAGAAGGUCUAAGAUGGCUGCGAAAAUUAGCACGCAAGGAUAGUGCGUAUGCACAGGCUGAACUUGGUGUUCGUCUUUGUCAAGAUGGCUCAGAAUUUCAAGACUAUAAACAGGCAAUGAUAUGGCUCAAAAAAGCGGUAGCUUAUAACGGUAAUACCAUUGCUCAAUGGGGAAUUGGAAACAUUUAUAAACAUGGCUGGGGUGUUGAAAUCAAUUAUGCUGCUGCUAUCGAAUGGUACAAGAAGGCUGCAGAUUGUGAUGAGUCAAGAGCACAGCAUGCGUUGGGAAAAAUGUACGCUGAAGGCAAAGGCGUAACACAAGACUGGGAAAAAGCCGUAUUCUGGUACGAAAAGGCUGUAGAAAAUGAUAAUAAUCCAGAGGCUCUGUAUUAUCUUUCACAAUGCUACUACAGGGGUUACAUGGAUCAAGGUAUUCCAAAAGACACCUUAUUAGGGUUGAAAUUACUUACAAGUUCGGCGGAGCAAGGAUUUGACAAGGCCCAAAAAAGGUUUCGUUUGCUAUAUGAUAAAGGAGGGUUUACAAGGACGAAUUCCAGUGAAGCGUUGGCGUUGUUUAAAAAGUCUAUUUUAAAUGAUGCAAGUAGUGUUUCUUUAUACAACAUUGGAAAGAUGUUUUUCAGUGGUUCUGGGGUUCAAAAGAAUUUUGGGUUGGCUAUCGAGUACUAUACCAAGUCAGAUGAAUGGGGAUACAAAGAUGCCACCAGAGAAUUGAAACGACUACAACUAAUUGAAGAUAGCAAGAAACUAAUGGCUUCUGUAAACGAGGAUCCCGAUGAUACGGAUUCCAUAUUAUCAUCUUUAAAAAUCACUUCCAAUCAAGAUGAUGCCUCGCAGAGAAAAAUUGAUAAAGCCAUAUUCUUGCAUAUGGAAGACACCCGUAGCGCUAAAAUACUCGAAACUGACGAGAGUCCCAAGUUUUUCCAUGUAGAGAAUACGAGUAGAACUACUGUGAUCAAUAACAAUGACGAAGGACCUCACUUUUUUCAUGUGGAAAAUAUUAGAGCUAUCAACUUCGAUUUCAAUCCAAGGAUUUCCAAUGCAUCCUCUUUCUUAGGUAGCAGAAAUAAUCGUUAAACAAAAGUUCAAAAAAAUAACCGUAUUAUCCAUAGGUCAACGGUCAGAAGGGGUUUUUAAAUAAAUAAAGACGAUUUUAUUAAUUUUAACAUACAGCAGCAU